AUGGAUGCCAGCCCUUCAUCACAGAAGCGUACAAUGAGCCAUGAGUCGCCUGUGGCGCAGCAAGCAUCCGAUGGGACCAUCGGGUCACCAGAGCGCAGUACGAAGCGUCAAAAAGUCACUCGAGCCUGUGACUCCUGCAAGAGUCGCAAACGCCGAUGUACUGGCGAGUUACCUUGCAUCUCUUGCCAGAAUAAUGGAUCGAACUGCACCUACAAUGCAUCUUACACAAGGGGCAGACUGGUGCAACCCUCGCCUGCCGCUCCACUGGCGACCCAACCUGGAGCCAACAAUGUAUCUAUCUCCCCCGUGCCACAGGAUGUGAUUCGCAGUAUUGCUCUUCCUCUCCCCUUGACCAACGGCGCUGAGACGCAUGCGAGAACUUCGAGGGCAGGUUCGCCAGAAGGCGGAUCUACGACCUUCGCUGGACAAUACCUGGGCCCAACCUCCCCAUAUACCUUUCUCCGCCGGGCCUGGAAGCGUUUCGAGAAGGACGGUCUCCACUCCAAUCUUGCCGGAAAUUCUGCUGAAGAGCCCGAUCAAUCUGAGCCCAUCUGGGCUUUCGGCGAUCGCCAGGUGUCACCAAUGGAACCAGAUGGAUUCCAGUUGUCAAAUCGACACAUGACUUCUAUGCUGUUGUCUCAGUACUUCGACCUUGCCAUGCCCACCUACCGGUUCUUGCAUAAACAGACCGUUGCACGAUGGUUAGAAGGGUUUCACGAGGUCCAGGAGCAGGUAAAUGGCGCUUCUCUACUUCCAGCUCGCCAAGCCAUUGUGCUCAUGGUCCUGGCCACGGCUCGACUGUUCAAUGUUGGGGAGUCCAAGGAGAUAUUGGACCCUGACGAACACUCGUGGCGGGAGAGCGAGCACCUUUUCCGCAUGGCACAGGAGAAGUUGCAGGCCGAACGAGGCAGAGCCCGUCUAGAGUCGGUGCAAGCGAGACUUGCCACAUGCCUUUUUCUGCUCCACACCUCAAGGCCGAAUCAAGCGUGGUACCACUUCGGCACCACUAUCCAGCUCGUGAUGGCACUGGGCUUGCACAGAGCAACUGCAGGCCCUGCUGGCCAGCCUCAAGACUGUAUCAUCCGAGAGUGUCGGAAGCGCGCAUUUUGGGCAGCAUCAACUCUGGAUACGUAUCUCAGCGUUAUCCUUGGACGACCGCCGCUCAUACACUUGGACGAUGUGGAUCAGAAACUGCCAGAUGCGGUCGAGGAUGAAGACCUGACCAGUACUGGUGUCGUGGUAGAACGUCCAAUGCGGGAUAGCAUAAUCAAGGCAUCGAUCUUCCAUGCGCAGAUCACUCGUAUCGUGAAGAAGGCGGCUAGAGAGCAAAACUCUGUGCGGCGGAAGAGUAGUACCCAGAAGCUCGAGACGGCACUCAAGCUGAAUGAGGAGACCGCAGCAUGGCACGCAUCGCUGCCUGUCGUCCUAUCAGGACAGAUCCACGCUUCCAGCUUGAUACCGAUUUUCCGAAGACAAAUUACGGUAUUGCAAUUGGCCCACGCCCAUGCUCGGAUGCUGAUCAACCGACCUAGCUUGCUGAUAGACACAAGCCAAGUCGCCUUGAGGGAAUUGCAAGUAGAGACUUGCCUUUCAGCAGCACAGUCAACCUUGGACGCUGUCCUUGCUGCUGGUCUGGGCAAGCACAUCUUCCAAGCAUUUUGGUAUACACAGUUUGUGUGCUUCAACGCGCUCUCAAUCGUAUACAUCUGGCUGAUCCAGCGAAGGCAUGGUCGCUUACCAGCCUUGACGUCCAUCGAAGACCAGGAACUCUUGAAGUUGGCGGACACUGUUCAGCGGUACCUCAACGAGGCCACGCAAGCAAAUGCGCCUAGCUUACGAUAUAGCAUCGUGCUCGAAGAACUACAGCAGGAGGUUCAACGCAUGGCCAACAGAGUUGUGACUCGCACUACUCAGAUCAAUGCGCCUACGGCAACCAUGAGCAAUGGUGUAUCGGCCAUCACAAGUUUGACUGAAGCUGAUGCAUACGCAGCAGCGAAUGAACUAUACGACGAUCACUCUGCUGAUCCUCUCCUGGACUCGAUCGAGGCCUUCGCCAAUGACUUCCCUCUUGAUCCCGAUUUAUGGCUGUCGCUCGACGCCUUUCCUUUCUCUGACUUUGGCCAAAACGAGUGA